CAAAGAAUCAUCCUCUUGCCAUCCAACAAACGCGACCAAGCACCACAGAACAAAGCCGUCCUCUUCCCAAUCCACACAACAUAACCAGGCAAACCGCCUUACAUCCGCAAUCAUGAGACUGUUCUCGUUCCUCAUCGCGGCCCUGACGCUCUUCAGCGGCGUCAUGGCCGUCGACAUCGAAAAGUCGGUCCUCAUCACCUAUCGGCCCGAAACACCAGAUUCAAUAAUCAGCCAGGCCAAGAAGGCCGUCGUUGACGCCGGCGGCGUUAUCACCCACGAGUACACCCUGAUCAAGGGAUUCGCGGCGACUGUUGGCGAGAAAGUGCUCGAUACCGUCUCGGCCUGGGGAAACGACUCGGGCUACUUGCUUGCUGUCGAGGAAGACCAGGAGGUUCACCAGAUGAAAGGCAGCAGAGUCAGCCUUUGAAGAGCGUCGCUUCUAAACCAGGACACGUUAGGGGGGGGACGCGAUGAUGAGCUACGAUAUAUAU